UGUUGCUCCUACAACAACAACUACUGCCCCGACAACAACAACUAUGGCAGCCACUACAACAACUGCUACUUUGACCACAACUACUGACCCGACAACAACAACUGCUGCUCCAACAACAACAACUGGUGUUCCUCCUACAAUUACAACUACACCAUCAACUACAUCAACUUCUGCUCCAACAACAACGACGGCAGCAUCUACAACAACUGCUGUUCCAACAACAACAACUGUUGCUCUGACAACAACAACUCCUGCCCCGACAACAACAACUACGGCAACAACUAGAACAACUGUUGCUCCUACAACAACAACUGCUGCUCCGACAACAACAACUGCUGCCCUGACAACAACAGGAACGGCAGCAACAACAACAACUGCUAAUCCAACAACAACUGCUGCUCCAGCAACAUCUACGAUAGCAACUACAACAACUGGUGCUCCAACAACAACUACAGCAGCCACUACAACAACUACUGCCCCGACAACAACAACUGCUGCCCCGACCACAACAACCACGGCAGCAACUACAACAACUGCUACUGCAACAACAACAACUCCUGCCCCGACAUCAACAACAACUGCUGCUCCAACAACAAGAACUACAGCAGCAACUUCAACAACAUCUGCUCCAACAACAACUACAGCAGCCCCUACAACAACUACUCCCCCGACAACAACAACUGUUGCUCCUACAACAACAACUACUGCCCUGACAACAACAACUAUGGCAGCCACUACAACAACUGCUACUUUGACCACAACUACUGACCCGACAACAACAACUGCUGCUCCAACAACAACAACUGGUGUUCCUCCUACAAUUACAACUACACCAUCAACUACAACAACUGCUGUUCCAACAACAACAACUGUUGCUCUGACAACAACAACUCCUGCCCCGACAACAACAACUACGGCAACAACUACAACAACUGCUGCUCCAACAACAACUACAACAGUUACUACAACAACUACUGCCCCAACAACAACAACUGUUGCUCCUACAACAACAACUACUGCCCCAACAACAACAACUGUUGCUACUACUACAACAACUACUGCCCCAACAACAACAACCGUUGCUCCUACAACAACAACUACUGCCCAACUCCUCACUGAGGCAACAACCAACUUGACUCCUGAACAUGUUUAUUCCAUCCAAGCUGACCUGCCAGACGAGCCAUAUACAGCUGAUCUUGAUGACCGAACCAGCAGUCGAUACAAAAAUCUUGAAAAACGACUUGUAGGGCCAUGUAAUAAAAUAUACAAACGGAAAUAUCCUGUCACCUUUUCUCACUGCAAAGUGAAGAGUUUCAGACCUGUUUCUGCGCGAACAAGAGCAAACGGAACUGAGGCAGAUUUGGGGGUUGUGUUCUUUAACACUGUUGCCAUUUUAGAUCUCCCAACGGAGAACAAAGUUGCUCAAGUCUUAAUAGACAGUGUAAAUAAUUCCAACAACACAUUCAACGUGACCAUAAAUACUGGGACAAUUCAAGUAAUAGCAAGUCCAGUUGGAAGUACUAAUGCAACUGCUGCAACAACAACCGCUGUACCUAUAACUGCUGCACCUGCAACCGCUGCACCUGCAACUGUAGCACCUGCAACCGCUGCACCUGCAACUGUAGCACCUGCAACCGCUGCACCUGCAACUGUAGAACUCACAACAAGACUGGUGGUUUUCAGAUCUGUUCUAGACACAUUUACAGAUGACUUGUUGGACACAUCAUCUGCUGCUUUUAAAAGUAGAGCUUCUAAUAUAAAGAGACAGCUUGAACCUCGCUACCAAAAAGAAUUCCCCUUUUCCUUCAAGUCCUUGGACGUUGUGGAAUUCAGAAGUGGAUCAGUCUUCAACAACAUGCAUCUUAUCUUCCAAGGCUCAUCUGUUCUUACUAGAGCUGAGAUUGCGAAUGUUUUGCUGAGUGCAGCUUCAAGCGUCACCAACUUCGACAUUGAAGGCAGCUCCAUCGCCGUGGAUGGCAUAUCUUCAAGUGGAGUAAGCCAAAAGAUCAGUCUCGUCACUGCAUCCUGUCUGGUGCUGUUGUCAUUGCUAAUGUCAAGCCAGCAAUAGCAUCUGUGUUGAUUUCCUUUGGAAUUUCUACUAGAACAUGGCCUCUGGAAGGAAAGGGGACUUCAUUGUCAGAAAAAUAUGAAGAUUAUUGAUUCUCUUAUCUGUUGAAUGGCUUUCAACCUUUGACACAUCAGUGACAGUGGAUUAAAUAUGUCUGUGGAACUGAACACGUUUCUGCGUGGCAACAUCCAGGAUCCUGGACAGAAUGACACAGACAACUAUAAGCCCCGUGUCUAUAUCACUGGAAUAACAAGGCAAACAACAUAACAACACUAUCUAUGAAACCCUGGGGUGUCUAAAAAUAUUCUACUGUUGAACUGUUACUAUCAAAAUGUAUCUUGUUUCACUCAGCACUGUGGUAUAGCGAUAUUUAAAAUAGCCUCCAAAUGCAUGUAGACGUAAUUUUUUCAUAAUCCUCCUAAGUAAUGAACAAAAAGACAAAGAAAAGUAAAUUGAAACAUAACCCCUUCAUGGUGGUGGUAAUUAAUUACUAUUUAGAUUUGUGUCUUAAAUUAAAUGAAGGAACAUAUGCAGGUCAUAGUUGGCUUCACACUCAACCUCAUAUAUUUGAUCAUAGGUCAUGGUGUAUAUAUGUUAAUGUGAAAAACACGACUGUCGAUUUUCUUAUUUAUAUAAAGUGUAUUUAUGUAAUAAUACAUUACUGUAUUCUGUGAGUUUUCCUGUAGUUUUUUAUUGCAUCUUUGAGAAACUUUACAAUGAUCAGAAUACAAAAUAUUGGAAAUGUCUCUCUUGUGUGAUGUUGUGAAGUUUUUAAUAAAGCAACAGUGGAUCAUAUCUUA